CUUACGCCGAAAAGCGUCCACAACAAUACACGGCAUUUCUGUUGAUGGGGAAAACCAGCAUGGUGUGAUCUGCCAACUGCUGCAUAAAAACGAAUAUCCUUCAGCCUCAAUGUGUGGACCUCGAUUUAACACGUUCAGCGAGGACAGUGAGCGUCAUUUGUUGGUUGUCGUCUGCUCGAGUCGUGCAGGAAGACGCGAGCUGGGGCUGCUGAUCGGCUAGCAGACGACACAGCAGCCAUGGCGAACGUCGGUAUACCCUUGCUGGCGCUGGAGCCAAUGUCCUACUGUCGUGUGAAACAAUAUUACAUAUGGAAAAGGGAAAACGGAAAGGGACAAAACAUGUCCGACCGGAAGUUCAUAGACGAGGUGGUCAAGGCUCACAACGAGUACCGGUCUCGCCACCAGGCGCCGUCACUCUCCCACAGCAAAGACCUGUCAUCGACGGCGCAGAAAUGGGCGGACCACCUGGCUCUCACAAACACAUUCCAGCACAGCAACGCCUCUUUGAAGGGGGAACCACUAGGCGAGAAUAUUGCCAUGAAGUGGUCAUCUCGACCGGAUGCGUACACAGGUCAGGAGGUCACUGACCAGUGGUAUAGCGAGGUGAAGAUGCAUGCAUUCGGCGGAGAACCGCGAAGCUUGAGCUCAGGUCACUUCACCCAGGUGGUGUGGAAGGGCAGCAAGGAGGUAGGGGUGGGGAAGGCCCAGACUCGGGACGGGAAGAUCAUUGUAGUGGCUAACUACCGCCCAGCCGGCAACAUGAUGGGGGACUAUGCCAGGAACGUCCUCCCCCCAAAAGACGGCAAAAUUGUAAUCAAAGAGAAAGCACCCGACGCAAAGCCGGCUAGUGGGUUCAGCGAUGGAGGAAGGCAUGUACACACGCACGACAGCGGAGGUCCUUUCAAAACUCGAUUUGAAGACAUGCGCAGAGACUUCUUCAAAGACAGCUCUUUUUCUAGUCAACCCACGCAGAGCAGUGGGGGGUUUCGCAAGUCGGAGUCGCGGAGCGUCAGGACGUUCACAGUCACGGAAGGGGCCGGGCCCAACAAGGUCACCAAGAAAGUCACAGAGGAGACGAUCAUCAAGCCAGAUGGAGAGAAGAUAGUCAACCGGAAGGAGGAAGUGACGUCAGGCGGAAGUAGCAGUAGUUAUGGCGGAAGUGGUGCUAUGGCCGGAGACCCGUUCAGGGAUUUUGAUAGCAAGCUGCGCAUCGGGAGGUCUCCAUUUAAAGGUUCUAGUCCGCAGGGGAAGAAGAAGAGUCGAUCAAAGAGUAGCAGCUCAAGCGAUUCAUCACAAGAACGGAAACCCAAGAAGCCCGAAAAAAUGAGCGACUUCAUCGACGGCGUGGUGAAAGCCCACAACAAGGUGCGAGACAAACAUGGCGCCUCCAAACUCAAGCACAGCAAGGAACUGAGUGGGCAUGCGCAGAAGUGGGCGGAGCACCUGGCAUCUACCGGCUCCUUUCAACACAGUCAGUGUAUGCUGAACGGGGAGCGGAUCGGGGAGAACAUCGCCUGUAAAUGGUCAACCGGCGGUGGGGAUUAUUCUAGUCAAGAGGUGUGUGACCAGUGGUACAGUGAAAUCACCAAGCAUGACUUCAGAUCGGACCGCUCUAUGGGAUCAGGACAUUUUACCCAGAUGGUUUGGAAAGGAAGCAAAGAACUCGGUGUUGGUAAGGCCAAAGGUCAGGGUGGAAAGGUCAUCGUUGUGGCCAACUACAGGCCGCCCGGAAACGUCAUCGGACAGUACAGGGACAAUGUCCUUCCAAAGAAAUAAGUUCCACACAGACAACCAAGGACCUCAUGAAAUACAUUCCAGACGCUCAAUGUCCCUUUGUGACGUAGUACGUCCAUCUUCCAGAUGACUUCCUCGCUGUCCUCAUUACAUUCCUAUCUUGUGUGUACGUGUCUACCGGUUGACAAAGAGUCAUUGAAACAUUUUGAUUAUCGUGACUCGUAAAGUAUUAUCGUAAAGAAAAGUUAUUGUGAAUGAUUUUUUUUUAAAGAAAAGUUAUUGUGAAUGAUUUAAAAAAAUAAUUCUAUUCUGAACUUUUAAAAAAAUCAUCAUGUUUCAAUUGAUUAAUAUUAUUCUGUAUAAACUGCCGGGUAAAAGAAAGUAUACACUCGAAAAUCGGUUUUAAGCAAAAACUUUAACGUUAUCAAAACGUUACUAGGCUUAAUACAGCUGCCGAAACGCUGCAAAUUUGAGGUCAAAACACACUUAUGAUACUAGUAUCGAAUACAUCAUCAUCGAACCAUUUCUUGUUUGUUUGUUUUUAUAUAUUUUUGCCACCAUCAAACAUGGGUGUAUACUUUAUUUGUCUGGCUGUUUACCUUGGCUACUUAUAAACAAUGACA